CAGACAGACAGCAGCUUCCGCGAUGAAACCGUGGCUGCAGCAGACAAACUGAAACUGAAGUAGAGAUCUAUAUUAAUACCAACGUUGAUAUUAUUAUUUGGAUCGACCCGCCCACCACUACACCACAGUACGAGGAAUGUCCAUUACGAGCUGUGGCUCUGGGAAUAUUUGUCUUGAUAUACGAGUGGAAACCCGCAGUACGAGCAUGUGUUUCUGUCAGCAGGAGGAGCCUCUGCAGGGCUACUUCACCUGAUCAUCUAGUUCGUCUUACUCUAGUGAUUUUUCUUUGUUUUGUGUGUAUUUGCGCGAAUUACAUGUCUUAAGCCAUGAAGCCGAAGAAAGUUAGAACAAAGGAUAGAGCCGAUAAGAAGAAGAAGCCUAUCACCAUAGAGUUGAAGAAGGAAAUCAUCCAAACACACGAGAGAGGAGUGCGUGUAGUGGACUUAGCACGGCAGUACAACCGAAACACGUCGACGAUCUGCACCAUCCUGAAAAAGAAGGAUGAGAUCAAGGCUCUUACAACAGCUAAGGGGGUCUCCAGGAUCUGCAAGCAAAGAACAUAUGCCCACGAAGAGAUGGAAAAGAGGCUUCUGCAGUGGAUCAAGGAGAAGCAACAGGCAGGGGGUGCACUGACGGAGACCAUCAUCUGUGAGAAAGCGCGAAUGUUGUACGUGGAGCUCUUGAAGCAGAACCCUGGACCUUCCGCGGACGAGACCCCAGCUGAAGAGUUUAAGGCCAGUCGAGGCUGGUUGGAUAAUUUUAAGAAGAGAACUGGUUACGCGGCGUGUAAUUACAACUCAGAUGGCGGGGGUCAAGCAAAUCCAAACACGUCGCCUCAAAACACUGCGACCACACAGGGAGGAAUUAAAGAAGAAAGCACAGACAUGAUGAUGAGUGCAGACUCUCCGACUGUACCUCACACUGUCUUGGUUGGGUAUAAAUUUGAAAACCCAGGACUGGAUGUGACCACCCCCGACCACGAUACCGCACAGUUACACGCCAUGGAGCUGCAGACAUGGGCCCCUGAAGGAAUCAAAGCCUCAGGCAGCUCUCAGUUUUCAGGUGUGGAUUUAGACUCUAUGGACCUCGAUCAACUGAAGAGAGAGAAAAUAAAAAUGCAACUAAAAGUCUUGAAGUUACAAGAGGAAUAUUACAUGCUGCAAAUAAAGAAACUGAAACAAUGAAA